GUUUGUCAUUCAGGGCCGAAGGCGCAUCUGACUCAGAGGAAGGGGAAGAACUCAAAACGCACACGGAGUUACAGUGGUGAAGUUGCAGGUAGUGUCACUUUAUGCCUUUGCUUCCUGUAACCUAUACUACACGUGAUAAAGACUACCUGAAUCUAUUUAAUCGAUUUAAUCUAUCAAGUUAUUCAAAAUACGAGUAGUAGUAGACCCAUAUGGUUUCAAUAGUAGCCUAAAUGUUAUGAUUGUAAUGGAAGUGUUAGCCUACUAUUGUCACCUUUUAGUAAUGUCAUUUUAAUCCGUUUAACAGGGUUAGGUUUACUUGAAAAGAGCAUAACUAGGCUAUGUAGUCCCGAUUGUAAACAUGUUUGAUAAGGAUAUAUACUGUAAUCGCUGAUAUGGAUCUAAUAAUAGCCUAUGGCCAACAAUUGCCAACACACAGCAGAAACUAUGCGCAUUGUGUAUUUCAACGUCUUCCAAUAGAAUACGUCUGCGUUCUUUGUAGCCGUUUUAAUUUUUGAAUGUCUUCUUUCCCAAGAGCCUAGAGUAGACUACAGUGCAGUCACUUAUCUUAGAUAUUAACAUCAAAUGUGUUUAUUACAUGUAGCCUAUUGUUAAAAAGAUACAUGUAAGAAUAUUAUCAAGCACACCUUACAAAGUCCUAUGCUAGUCUGAAAUGCACCAUUGUUUUCUCUUGUAAUUAUGUGAUUAUGUCUAGAUGUAUAUUAUGUUUGCCUGGCCUUUCAGAAUGAGUCAGUGGAAGCAAAUUCAACAGUUAGAUAUCAAGUUUCUGGAGCAGGUUGAUUAUUUCUAUGAUGAUACCUUCCCAAUGGAGGCUCGGCAGGUGUUGGCCAACUGGAUUGAGGGGCAAGACUGGGAAACGGCCGCCAACCACGAGUCGAUGUCCACUGUGCUGUUUAACAACCUCCUCAUCCAGCUUGACCGCCAGUGUUCCCAAGAGCCCAACUUCCUCCUCCGGCACAACCUCAAGAGGAUCACACAGCAGCUUCAGAUGAAAUAUAAGACCAACACAGUCCAAGUGGCUGUGAUCAUCUCCAGUUGUCUGAGAGAGGAGAGGAGGAUCAUCUCUUUAGCCAACAUACAGGAACAGGGGCCUUUGGAAAAGUCCAUGCAGAAUUCUGAAGCCUUCGAAAGGCAGAAAAACCUGGACAACCGCGUGGCUGUGAUUCGGAGUAGCGUUCAGAUGAUGGACCAGGCAGUGAAAUACCUGGAGGACAUGCAAGAUGACUUUGAUUUCCGCUAUAAAACUCUCCAGUCGCGAGAUCCAGUGGAGAGGAACUCACAGUGCAUGAAACAGGAAGUGGCCCUGCUCCAGGAGAUCCUCAACCGCCUGGACUUCAAACGGAAGGAAAUACUGUCCAAGAUGGCUGAUGUCAUCAAGGAAAUCAACGACAUGAUGAGCACACAGCUGAACUUGGAGCUCAUGGAUUGGAAACGACGGCAGCAGAUCACCUGUAUCGGAGGUCCGGUUCUCACUGGGAUGGACCAGCUACAGAACUGGUUCACCUUGACAGCACAGAGCUUGUUUCAGAUCAAACGGCAACUGGACAAACUGGGCGAACUCAUCCACAAAGUCACCUAUGAGAGUGACCCCAUCCCCUUACAGAAACCACAGAUGGAAGAGCAGGUCAAAUUUCUCAUCUAUCACCUCAUCAAAAGUUCCUUCGUAGUGGAAAAGCAACCGUGUAUGCCCACGCACCCACAGAAACCACUUAUCAUCAAAACACAAGUGCAGUUCACCACCAAGGUCAGGUUACUGGUGAAACUGCCAGAGGUGGACUACCAGCUAAAAGUGAAGACAACAUUUGACAAGGAUCCGCCACCAGGCAAAGUGAAUAGGCAGUUUUUUAUCCUGACCCAAAACACAAAGGUGAUGGAUGUGGAGGAGUCCUCCAAUGGCUGCCUCUCAGUGGAGUUCAGACACCUGCAACUGAAAGAAAAGAAGUUUAGUGGCACAAAGGGAAAUGAGGGCCCCCUUACUGUGACUGAGGAGCUUCACUCUCUCAGCUUUGAAGCCCAGUUCUGUCUGCAGGGAAUGACCAUCGACCUGGCGACGUGCUCCCUGCCUCUGGUGGUGAUCUCCAACGUGAGCCAGCUCCCUGCUGGCUGGGCCUCGGUCAUGUGGUAUAACCUGCUGACUGAUGAGCCGGAGAACCUGAGUUUCUUUAGUAGCCCUCCCAGGGGCACAUGGAGCCAGCUCUCCGAGGUGCUCAGCUGGCAGUUCUCCUCCUUCGCCGGACGCGGCCUCAACAAGGAGCAGCUGAGCAUGCUGGGAGAAAAACUCCUGGGCCAGCAACCAGCACACAAUGACUGUCAGGUGUCCUGGUCCAAGUUUUGCAAGGAAAAUAUUCCUGGGAAGCCGUUUAGCUUCUGGAUUUGGUUGGAUUCUAUUCUAGACCUCAUUAAGAAGCACUUGCUUCCUGUAUGGAUUGAUGGCAACAUAAUGGGCUUUGUGAGCAAGGAGACGGAGCGCCUUCUGAGGGAGAAAGAUUCCGGAACUUUCUUGCUGCGCUUCAGCGAGAGCCACCUGGGCGGGAUCACCUUCACCUGGGUGGAACAGGCCGACAAUGGGGAGGCCAAGUUCAUCUCAGUGGAACCCUACACAAAGAACCGACUCUCUGCUCUUCCAUUUCCUGACAUCAUCCGGGACUACAAGGUUAUUGCGGAUGGCAUUGUGCCGGAGAACCCUCUUAAGUUCCUGUAUCCCGAUAUUCCCAAAGACGAGGCAUUUGGGAAGUAUUAUAACAGUCAGCAGAGCAAAGGCAAGAUUCACAUUUUUCCAUACUUUCCCAUGUCUCUGAUUCCAAUCUCCACUCUAACCUCAAUAACCCAUGCAACGACACCAACAUGUUCCUCCCCAGAGCCACCCAUGAGUCCUGGCAUGUUCGAUGCCCUCAGCCAGACCCUGAGCCCGUUUGAGAUGGCUGCUAUCAGUUCACCAUAGGCCUGACAAAGAAAAUUCUGAGAAAUGUUCUGUUGAGAUCUCUGCUACAUCUGCACAUUCUGAUGGAUGGACUGGAGGCUUGCAUGACAUGUUUCUCUUUUCUCGUUCCCUUGCAGAAGGCCUUGUUUGUCUUAAGUGUAACGUGAUAUGCCCAAUAUGUCAAAAUGUGAUCAUUUAGUUUAAAUGCCUUUAAAUGUAACUGUGGAAAGUGGAAUGUGGCAUGUGAGUUAAGAUUGAUUUGCCAUUCAAAAAGGAAGAAAAACAACAAAGAUAGCAGAACAAUGUCACAUUGAGCUUGACAAUCAUCGGGGUGCUUAAAAGAGCCUUACAAUCAAAAACAAUUUACUAUUCAUUUUUUUUUCUUGUUUCUUUUUAAAAAAUAUUAUUUCGACUGUGUUGAACCAUUCUUCAGACAAACAAAUCUGGCAUUGCUGGAAAAAGCCACGAUGAACCCAAUAUAUAUAUACAGUAUGUGUCCAUCCUUUUCUCCAGGAUUCUGUAACCAGUUACAUAAUACUCUUGGUGACAUUUUGUUUUAUCAUUUAAUAUUUACAAUGGCUGUGUUGAUGUUCUCAUUAUGUUGACCUGGGUGCUUUAUAGGUUGUCUGUUUAUACAAAAGUGUUUAUUUUUAAACUAUAAACUAUAAUAAAACUAUUAAAAACAA